AUGUCUUGGUUUCUCUAUUCGCAGGAUAAGGUCAGGCUCAAAACGACACUUCCCUCCAUCUUUAAAGCCUCAAACUUGUCAUAUGAUUACAAUCCAGCUAGCAUGGACUCUUCCCAGAUUGUCAGAGCUGCUUGUUGUGUUGCUGUCAAGAAGCAUCCUGAUGGCAUGUUCAACAAAGCCUUCCUUAUGUCUAUGAAUGAUGGGCGAGAAGUAAUAGUGAAGGUUCCAAACCUCAAUGCUGUUGUUCCGCACUAUACCACUGCCAGCGAAGUGGCCACGAUGGACUUUGCUAGAAAAACUCUUGACACACCUGUCCCUCGCGUAUAUGCAUGGAAUUCGCAAGCAAAAACACAUCCCAUGAGUGCUGAAUUUAUCAUCAUGGACAAAGUCAAAGGUGUUCUACUGUUCCAAGUAUGGGGCACCAUGAAAUUACCCCAGAAGCUCAAGGUCCUCCUUGCCAUCACAUACCUCCAGAAGCAAUGGCUGAGAGUUUCUUUCUUCUAUUAUGGGAGCUUGUAUUAUGCAGGAGAUAUGCAGCCUUCAGCAGAUAGUCACUAUAUUAAGAACAGUGAGGUCAUCAGUGAUUCAGAUUUCAUGAUUGGUUCAGCUACAGGCCGGGACUGGUGUGAUGCAGGCUGA